AUGGCAAGCAUUGGUGCUGCCUGCUGCCUGCUCCCCAUUCACCCAUGCUCGGCCCGCUCCAUCUCCUCGCUCACACCACACCCCUCGAUACCGCCGUCCCCUCGCCGCACCGACAUGCCCGCCGCCCUCUCCGCCUGGGUGUGCCUCGCGCUCAACGUCACCGCCGCCUGCCACCUCCUGCUGCUUCCCCCGCGCGGCUCCCUUCCAACCGCCGCGCAUUCCCGCGCGUCGAACACCGGCCAAUCAGACGCGGGCAGUGAAGGUGACCCGCGGGUUGACUUGGGAGGCGGGUUCUGCGCCGCGGGUCUGAGCGUCGCAGGCGCCGUGCUAUGGCCCCUUAUGCAGUCCACCGCAGGCGUCUCCAUAACCCUCUGCAUUUCUCUCCCCCCUCCUCCGCACCCCUCUCUCCCUCCUUUCGUUUCCCCCAGCAACUCACCCCAUCACAAGCUUCAACCGUCGCCAUCGUCUUCCCUUCGCAUGCGCUACCCCUCCCCUCUCUGCCUCUCUGUCGCUCUGCUUCUCUCUGCCUCUCUGCCUCUCUAG